GGCCCGGUUGCUGGGUGCGAAGCAGCGCAGUCCGAUUCAUCGCAGCCGGGGGAUGGCGUCCCCACGGGAAUUGACCCAGAAUCCCCUGAAGAAGAUCUGGAUGCCGUAUAGCAAUGGACGACCCGCUCUGCACGCCAGUCAGCGGGGUGUUUGCAUGACCAACUGCCCGACGCUCAUCGUCAUGGUGGGCCUACCAGCCAGGGGCAAAACCUACAUUUCUAAGAAGCUGACCCGGUACCUCAACUGGAUUGGUGUGCCUACUCGGGAAUUCAACGUUGGCCAGUAUCGCCGGGACAUGGUCAAGACAUACAAAUCGUUUGAGUUUUUCCUCCCAGAGAAUGAGGAAGGCCUGAAAAUCAGGAAGCAGUGUGCCCUGGCAGCCCUCUGUGAUGUCCGGAAGUUCCUCAGUGAGGAGGGAGGACAUGUGGCGGUUUUUGAUGCAACCAAUACCACGCGAGAACGAAGAGCGAUGGUCUUUAACUUUGGGGAACAGAACGGCUACAAGACCUUCUUUGUUGAAUCUAUCUGUGUGGAUCCUGAGGUCAUAGCUGCCAACAUCGUGCAAGUGAAGCUGGGCAGUCCUGACUAUGUUAACCGGGACAGCGAUGAGGCCACCGAGGACUUCAUGAGGCGUAUUGAGUGCUAUGAAAACUCCUACGAGUCGCUGGAUGAAGACUUGGACAAGGAUCUGUCCUACAUCAAGAUCAUGGACGUGGGCCAGAGCUAUGUGGUGAACCGUGUGGCUGACCACAUCCAGAGUCGCAUCGUUUAUUACCUCAUGAACAUCCACGUGACACCCCGCUCCAUCUACCUCUGCCGGCAUGGGGAGAGUGAACUCAACCUCAAGGGCCGGAUUGGUGGGGAUCCUGGACUGUCUCCCCGGGGCAGGGAGUUUGCCAAGCACCUGGCUGAGUUCAUCAGUGACCAGAACAUCAAGGACCUGAAGGUCUGGACGAGCCAGAUGAAGAGGACGAUCCAGACAGCAGAGGCGCUGAGUGUGCCUUAUGAGCAGUGGAAGGUCCUCAACGAGAUCGACGCGGGUGUCUGUGAGGAGAUGACCUACGAAGAGAUCCAGGGCCACUACCCACUGGAGUUUGCCCUGCGGGAUCAGGACAAGUACCGCUACCGGUACCCGAAGGGUGAGUCCUAUGAAGACCUGGUGCAGCGACUGGAGCCUGUCAUCAUGGAACUGGAGAGACAGGAGAAUGUGCUGGUCAUCUGCCACCAGGCUGUGAUGCGCUGCCUCCUGGCUUACUUCCUUGACAAGGCAGCUGAAGAGCUGCCCUACCUCAAGUGCCCCUUGCACACAGUCUUGAAGCUCACACCCGUGGCCUACGGUUGUAAAGUGGAGUCCAUAUUCCUGAACGUAGCAGCUGUGAACACACACCGAGACAGGCCUCAGAAUGUAGACAUCUCCAGGCCUUCAGAGGAAGCCCUUGUCACAGUCCCUGCUCACCAGUGACCACUUCUCAUCCAAAAGCCCUGGCAGGCCCUGACUUCUGCAGAGGGGUCACCCCAGGGGUCACUCCAGGCCUACUUGGUGUUUGCUGUACUGAUGAUGUCACCGAGCAGGAGCACUCCUGAAGCCAUGGGUGCCUAGCAACACUCAGAACUCUCAGCCUAGCCCACUGCCUCCUUGCUGACAACCAGCAGCAGGGCUAGGGACGGCUGCUGAGCUGCUGCUGAGUUCUCUGGGCCUUGUGCCCCGCUGCUGGCUCCUCUGCAACAGCUCUCAAGCAGCCUGCCCGCUGCCUCGUGAAGUAUGCAACCUUAAAUGUGACAUGAGACAGAAGUCUCACUAGGACACCCCACUGCGGCCCAGCUGCCUGAAAUGGGCCAGGUGACCACUGUAGAGCUCUGCUGUCCUCUCUGUAGCCACCCUCGAGGCCAGAGGCCAGAGGCCAGACCUUUGCGGGACCUUAGUGUACGCUAUUCCCCGCCUGGAACAGAGUGGCGCAGAAGAACUGUCACCGUAUUUGUAGGUGCUCAUGGGGACAGCAUGUUGUUUCUGGCGUUUGACACUGGACAAGUGUGGAAGGCAGCGUUUGUGGUGCCUUCCUAUGUCUACCAAGUCGUGCACUGGAACGUGGGGCAGCUGCAGCUCAGGCUGCCUUGUCCUCAGUUCUCCCCCGGGGGGCCGUGCAGUGGCUGGGCACCAAAGUGCUCAUGGAGCUGGUCUCCCCUGCCUGGCUGUCGCUGUCAGGUCCACACAGGACAGACCACUGGUGACCGGGACAUACCUUUGUCAUAAAUGGCUCAGACCUGGUAGUCCUGUCAGACUGUCUUCUACCUGUAAGACUGAGGAGGGAGAGACAAAAUACGGAGGUAGGCGGUCCCAGCCGCGGGAGGAGCCUCCAGACCCACUCCAGCUUUGAUGCGCAGACAACUUAAGCCUAGCGAAACAGCCUUAUGAAGCCUGGUGCCUCUCAUGCCCUGAGUUCUCGUGGGUCCAGGCAGCAAGGUCAGGCUCCAUGUUUCAGCUGACCGGCAGAAUGACAAGCAGGCUUUGAAGCAGGCUGGAAGCUGCGUAUAGCAGUAAUCAGUGCUCUGAUAUCCACACAGCAGCCAUGGGGAAGCCAGGCCCUGCAUCCAAGAGCAUUUCCAGGCCUGAAACUGGCAGAGCAGCCCACCGCUGCCAGCCCUGGGCUGUAUAACUUGCAGAUGCCACCUGCCUCGGAGAAGUCAGUGCCGUUAUCCCCAGCCAGUGUCUCUCAGCUGCUGUGCUGGGACUGGGGCAUGACUCUCCUGGACUCAUCAGACUUCCAAGCCCUAGCUUGGAGCUAGAAGACCAUACCACUGCCUUUGGGAUGUGGGGCCUGCACCCUUUGCUCCCCGUCUCAGAAUCUGAGUGCUGCUGUCAUGUUAUCUCCACACGCAUGUCAGCCAGAGCAGACCCAGCGGUCAGCAGCUGUGAGCACAUAGCUGGAUGGCAUUUGAGGUGAAGACCACCAAAGCCUUUUUCCUCUGUGCCCAGGAAGAUGGGAAUUGUUGGACGCAGAGGUAAGAGCCUCGGGUUGGGGCAGAAGGAUGCCAGUGGAGCAGGGCAUAUGCUGCAAUACUCCCUCCCUCACGCAGCAGGAAGUGGCCUCCGUGCAGUAGGCAGGCUGGCCACCAGCUCUUAGCUGAGAUGAUUCAUGGGCAGAAUCACCGACAUUGUUCUGCUUUCCCGAGAACAUAUGGUUUUGGAUUUCAGUUGUACAUUGCACUAUGUCCAGCGUU